CAGCCUGUCGAUUUGUCAUUUUGUCAAUAAUUCAAUACUCAGCAAUUAAUGUAUUUUAUGUAAAUAUUAAAUAAUGAUACUACUCAGAAAAAUAAAAACAAAAUAAAAUUUAUUACACAAAUCAUGAUUAAAACAACAAGCUUAGGGUCAAAUCGUCCGCUGUCUGGUCAACUAUACAAAUACACAAAUGUUGUAAAAGGAUGGCAGCAGAGGUGGUUUGCAGUGGAUCCAGAAACUGGGGUGUUGUCCUACUAUUUGUUUGAUGGCCCUGGAGACACUGUUCAACCGGGUCAGCCGGCAAGAGGAGAGGCACACCUAGCCGCUGCUGUGAUAUGUCCAAGCGAUGAAGACUCCAAAACAUUCACUAUUAACUGUGCUUCUGGAGACAUGUUAAAACUGAGAGCUACAGAUGCCCGAGCCAGGCAAGAAUGGGUCAAUGGACUAAGAGCCAUAGCAGAGAUACAUACUAAGGCCAUGGGGGCAAAUCCACCCUUGCAACCUCGAGAGCAGCUAGCUGUCCACGAUGCCAUGGCAUCAGCUCGGCAACAAUUACAAGCAACUGAACUAAGUGAUGCAGCGUUGGCGAGAUGCAUCGAGUCAGCGGAUUCUCCCUUUCCUCAUACAGAUCCAGAUUUACUGCUUCUUAAGGCGACGUCGGCGGCCAGCAUGCAGUGCUUGUUGCAGUGCCUGGGCAUCUUACUCCGACAGCAACAGUACGCGACUCUCAGUAUUUCCAAAAACUCUAACAGUGACCAUUAGCCCUAUUUAUAUGUAAUCUGAUCACAAUGAAAGAUAAAAAAAGGAAACAGACAUAUAUAUACAUAGCAAAGCGACUUUCGAUUUUGAUUACAAAUGAAAUCAAAAAAUUAUAAGUUAGUAUUAUGGACCGAUGUAGUAUUAGCUGUUUAUCAAUCCGCAACAAAUAUUUGAUAGAAACAGUUGCUAUGAUCAACCGUGAUAGGCUCACUGAUAUAUUCUGUACUACCAUCAAUUAAACAGCAUUCUGUUUACAACAGCACACAAUUUUACUUAAAUUUCACUUUUAAAGUUAAAACUAAUCAGUUUUUGUAUCAAGCUUUUCUGUAAAAUUAGUGAUUUCGGUAUUCGGUGUAAAUUAUAGAAUAAAAACUUUCAUUCCAUACAAACUAAAUGAAACAACUCGAAAAUUCAAGUCAAAGUGUUUGCUCCUUUUUUCCUCUUUCAAUUGUGCGCAACUAUAAUUUAUUAUUUUAAUUGAAAUUCAAUAUGUAAUUGCUAACCUAAUAUAUAAUUUACAAAAAAAUAGCAAUCCUAAAAUAAUCUUAUUUUAAUGAUUCCAAAUAAAUCCUGGCAAUAUUAAUCACUGCUUAUUUUUUUUAUUAAUUUGUAAAUAAAAGUUAUUUAAUUGUCAUUAGGUAGUGUAAUCAUCUGAUUUCAUUUUGUAAAUUUUAUGGCUUAAGACGUCAAAUUUAUAUCACAAUUACGUAUAUCGGAUUUGUGCUCGAAAAAUCUAUAUUUUUUAUAUUAGAUUGAAAUUAAUUUUAUAUUUUUGUAUCUGUAUUUGCUUAAUUUUAGUUUAAUUUAAUUUUAGUAAAAAAAAAAAUCUAAAUGUUCUAUUAGAAUACGGUUAGUUUUAAAAUAUUUGCAUCUGUGUUUGUACUUGUACGCUACUAUAUACUGUUCGCUAGACUUUUUUUAAAAAGUCCGCCGUGACUUAAAUCGGUCGGGACAUACUCAUUAUUAAUUUCCAAAUGUAUAAAUAUUUAAAAAAAUAUAUUCCACUUCCUAUUUAAGGUCAUGCUUGUAAGUAAAAAUAAAAAUCAUCUAAAAAUGUU